GAAACCAGAAAUUCAACUAUAUAAACCCAUUCACAAUAAAGAACUUGACUCUGCUUCUAAAAAUCCAAAUCCAAGAAUCGAAUCGUUUCGUUUCGUCCGCCACAAGAAAGCGUUUCGAGAAAACAGUGAGCGGUUUCUUGCACUCCGUCUCUGCGAAUGGCAUCCCUGGGCCUCCAAUUCGGAGGAAGUCGAUGCUUCGAUAUUUGCCAAGACAAUCUUUGCAGUCCCUCGUCCAAUCAGAGGCCGUGUGGUGCGAUGAUCCGCAGCCGCACCGGAUCAAGGGGUGCGAGAGUGAAUUCAUUGGCGGUGGCGCGGGCGAGUUUGGAAGCGGUGCCCCGACAACGGCGUCGCGGCGGUGGAAAAGGAAAUAGUGCCGAGACGGCGGCGGCGGCGUAUGAGAAGUUGGACGCGUGGAUGAGAGAUUCGGUGGUGGAGAUCGUCAAGAAUCUUAGAGAAGCGCCGCUGUUGGUCAAUGUGUACGGGAAGGGCAUUACGGACGAGAAGCCGAGGAUUGAAACGGAGAAGGGGGUGGAGGAAGAGAAUUGGGAGGUGCUCAGGCGAAAAUGGGAGGGUGGGGUGGCGCCGUUUCCUGACGGCGUUAUCUUCGUUGAAGAACUCAUGGAUGAUGAUGAAGGUGAAGGUGACCGGAACGUUGACGGAGAUGGGAUCACGCGGGCAUGGGGGCUAGUGGUGCAGGGGAAAGGGGAGGAGUGUGGGCCAGCUUGUUACUUGUUAAAGACGAGUAAAGUAAAGGCCGGGUCGGGUUGUGGGCUGGGGAUGGGCUUGGGAUGCACUCAUUUUUGCUUGGUUCGGGUCAAGAGUUUCAGGGAGACGGCCCAAUCUCAGUUGAAGAAUUGCUGGCUAUUGCAGGCCCAGGCCCAAUGAUAAUCUAAAUCCAAAUUCAAUUAAUUUGUAAAUGAAAAUACCAACUUAGAAGAGCACCAGAUUAAUUUGAUGCUCACUUAAAUCAUAUUAAUUCAUUCAUGGUGUACAGUACUGUAAUUGUACAACUCAUAACCAUGAUGAUAUAUGUAUAGUGAGAGAAGGAAGCAUUUUACUGAAACACUCAAGUGGAUCCAUUUUUUUCUUUCUUCCUUUCUCUGGGGUCUUUGCAUUUUCCCUUGUGUGAAAGGAAUUUGCAUGCUGUACGUGAUGACUUGAGAAAUUUAUGAGUUUAUUUUAUUUUAUUAGUUAAUAAUGGAAUUAUUUUGAUAUA